CUCCACCCCAGACCCGGGAAGGCCUUUGCCCGCCGCCCGCAGUAGGCGCUGGACCCUCCCGCCACGCUCUCCCGGAAGGAGCCCUGGGGCCCGCCGUCCACAGCUGGGAAGAGAGCUGUGCUAUGACAGCGGCCAAGGCCCAGGAGAAAGGUGACGACCUCUGACGCCCGGCCUUCUGUCCUGGAGCUUCGACUGCGACCCCAGGACAUGGUUGUGCAGGACAGUGCGGACCCCGGGGACGCCGGGCAGGUGCUCCUGGAGCCCUUCGUGCACCAGGUGGGGGGGCACCUGAGCGUGCUGAGGUAUGACGAGCACACCGUGUGCAAGCCCCUCGUCUCCCGGGAGCAGCGCUUCUACGAGUCCCUGCCACUGGCCAUGAAGCGGUUCACCCCACAGUACAGAGGCACCAUCACGGUUCACCUACAGAAAGACAGCCUGGGCCACCUCAGCCUGGUGGCCGGCCCCCUGCGGGAGAACCGGGAGUCCUUCCAGGCCUCCGCGGGGCCGGCGGCGGCGAUAUGGCAGAAGCUCCGGCAGACCGGCGGCGGCGGCGCGGGGACCCUCUCCGGGUGGCAGCACGCCCAGCUGGCACGCGCGCUCCAGGAGAGCCCGGCCACUGCGCUCCUGAGGUCCGAGUUCCAGCUCAGCACCCACGUCGCCUUCCUGGUGGAGGAUGCUAACGGGAACCAGGCCAAGAGGGGGAGCUUGAACCCGUGGGGUCUGCACUGCCACCAGGCCCACCUGACGCGCCUCUGCACCGAGUACCCGGAGAACAAGCAGCACCGGUUCCUGCUGCUGGAAAACGUCGUGUCGCAGUACAAGCACCCCUGCGUGCUGGACCUGAAGAUGGGGACCCGGCAGCACGGGGACGACGCGUCCGAGGAGAAGAAGGCCCGCCACAUGACCAAGUGCGCGCAGAGCACCUCGGCCCUCCUGGGCGUGCGCAUCUGCGGCAUGCAGGUUUACCAAACUGAUAAGAAGCACUUUCUCUGCAAAGACAAGUACUACGGGAGGAAACUCUCCGUGGACGGGUUCAGACAGGCUCUCUAUCAGUUCCUGCACGACGGGACCCGCCUCCGGGCAGAGCUGCUGCGGCCCAUCCAGCGCCAGCUGCAGGCCCUCCUCUCGGUCAUCAGGAGCCAGAGUUCAUACCGCUUCUACUCCAGCUCCCUCCUGGUCAUCUACGACGGGCAGGAGCCGCCGGAAAGAGCCCCGGGCAGCCCGCACCCUCAGGAGGCUCCGCAGCCGGCACCCGGCAGCUGCCCCGGAGGCCUCCCCAAGGUUGACAUCCGGAUGAUCGACUUUGCUCACACGACAUACAAGGGCUCCUGGAACGAGCGCAGCACCUAUGACGGACCAGACCCGGGCUACAUUUUCGGCCUGGAAAACCUCAUCCAGAUCCUGCGGGACAUCCAGGAGGGGCAGUGAGACGCGGCGGCCACCCGGUUCUGCACAUAGUACCCAGAGACCUAUUGUGGGAGGAUAGCCUACACACCCCUUAGACGUCUUCGAUAGUCACAGCUGCAUCCAGGAGCCAUCGCUCCCACGGCAGGCUGAGUGAAGAGCUGCUGAAGCAGCAGCUCCGGAGACACUCACACGCCUGGCGUCUCGUGCUAACGCUGGUCACCCAGACGGGAUGGUCCGGGUGAGAUGGCGCAGGAGUUAGAGGCAGCAUCACAGCGAGACUCUGCAGUGUUUGCCUUUAACAUGCUUUCUUGUCACGCUCCAUCCUGGCCAGCUGUGAGGCAGUCCUCAUUGAAGAGGGGCUCCCUCAGGGGCGGCCUGUGCCCGGGAACACCUCUCACCUUCCUAAGAGGCCUGCAGGAGGGGCAGGGUGAGGGCACCGCGCCGCCCGUCUCACCAGCUGCAUGCCAGGCUCUGCACGGACAGGACACCCCGCAGCGCUAGCAAGCCAGCACCCGGAGCUCCACGGCGCCUGCGGAGGAAAGGUCUCUUCCUGGACUUCCGAGUACCUGCUGGAAGCAGCCAUCCUGCCCGAACCUGGCGGUGAAAUGCAGCUUCCGGGGAGGUGGAUGUGCACGAGGAGGAGCCACUGGUGUUAAGCUACACGCUCAGCUUUCUGUUUGUUUAGGGGGGAGGGGGGGUCAGAAGUGAGGAGCCUGGACGACCGAGGAAACCAGGCGCAAUGUUUACAAGACCGGGGGGGUGGGCGAGUAUGAAUGCGGAACAAAGAGCAGCCGGUUCUAAUUAAUUCCUUCUUCGGGGUGUGCAAGCUAUUACAAUGCCCUUGAGUGGAGCACUGAGAUGCGUCACCCAAUUAGGGAAAUAAAUUUGUUAAUAAAAUUGCUGAGGUCAUCAGUGAU